ACGCAGAGGACAUUGAAGCAUCAAAACAACUUUUUGGGAGUCGCACGUCUUUGGAUUUAGAAUGUUUUGGUAAAUCAGCAUCAGCUGGUUCAGCGAUAUGGCUUCACAAAAACUUUUGUCCUGUCUAGUUUAUAGAGCCGCAGCUUUGUUAGACGUGACUGUAGGCAGCCAGAAAACGUCAAAGUUAAUUAACCACCACCGUGUCUGUUAUUUUUCUUCAGAUCAACGUGCAGGUAAAGGAGACACCACAGAGAAAAGCAAAGCUGUACGUCUGGAGGAGCAUCAACAAAAGCUGAGAGCAGCAAGUCUUCCAAAACAGAAGAAAAUUCCGGGAGUGAAACAUAUUAUUCUGGUUGCAUCAGGAAAAGGUGGGGUAGGAAAAUCAACGACAGCCGUGAACCUAGCACUUGCAACGUCAAGCCUCGACAGGCAUGUCAAAGUUGGCCUCUUGGAUGCAGACAUUUAUGGGCCAUCGGUACCCACAAUGAUGAACCUAGAUGGAGAGCGGGCAAAGAUCAAUCAUGAGAAAAAGAUCAUACCACUGAAUAACUAUGGCUUAAUGUGUAUGUCCAUGGGGUUUUUAAUUGACAAGAACACACCUGUUGUCUGGAGAGGUCUGAUGGUUACCUCUGCUCUACAGCAACUGCUCAGCGAUGUAGCAUGGGGGGAGUUGGACUACCUCUUUGUUGACAUGCCACCUGGAACUGGAGAUGCACAGCUAACCAUAUGCCAGAACGUUCCUGUUUCAGGUGCUGUGAUGGUGACAACUCCGCAGGACAUCGCUCUUCAUGAUGUUCGACGCGGCGCAGAAAUGUUUAAGAAGGUGAAGGUUCCCAUUCUCGGAGUGGUGCAGAACAUGAGUGUGUUCCUCUGUCCAAACUGCGGCCACAAAACCCACAUAUUUGGUGAAGACGGCGCAAAGAGACUCAGUGAGGACACAGGUAUUCAGGUGCUAGGUGAUAUCCCGUUGAACGUGACAAUUCGUGAAACGUCCGACGCAGGCACGCCUGUUACCGCAUCAUCCCCAGCAUCUGCAGAGGCGGAGGCGUACAGGCAGAUAGCAAAACUGGUUGUGAAUCAACUUUCUACAUCUUGAUCCUGACCAGGUGGUUGAUGGAACGCUUAUAAAGCACAUUUUGCAUUUACUCUGCGUUUUAAACUUCUCGUCGUUUGUUCUGUAGGAUAAAUGUAAAAGGAAAAAAUACUGCAGCCUAUAUGUGCCUAAAAUGCGAAAUAACCUCUAGGUGGUUUCUAAGCGAAUGUUGUAGUCACAUUAUUGUCAUUAUUAUGGAUUUAGUUUUCUGGCAAUGGACGUCAAUGCACGUAUAUUGAUUCUUUUUCAUUAUAAUUGAUGUUCUGGCCAAUUUUAAUGGUAAAAGUAUUCAUGUAAGGAAUAUACAUUGCAAACUGAGUUUGUUGAAGACGCAAAUGCACAAUUGGAAAAUGCAUUAUUUUUUUAGUUGCGUCAAUAUGGGGUAAAUCUUGUGUAGCAAACCAUGACGCACCAAAAAUCAUCAGGAUCGGAAAUUGUGAGAAUAAACAGUGUACCACAUGCUGUGUGCACUUAAGGACA